UAUUGUUCUUUUUCAUCUCAGCCUUGUAACAAUGCUUAAUCCACUAGCAAAAGAAUUUCGGAUCACUCAUAUGGAAAUGAUAAAAGGAAUUCAAGGGCAUGGUUACUAUGAUGAACUUGUGGUUCCUAUCAUAGAGAACACUGCAUAUGAGAGAGAACUCACAGAAUCUCUUGCUGAAGCUAUCAAAGCUUACCCAAAAACAACAGCUGUGCUGGUCCGCAACCAUGGUAUAUAUGUGUGGGGAGAUUCUUGGAUCAGUGCUAAAACACAGGCUGAGUGCUAUCACUACCUCUUCGAUGCUGCAAUUAAACUUCAUCAAUUAGGACUUGACUGGACAACACCAGCUCAUGGUCCCAUUCAUAACUCCAAUGGUCAUUUUGGUGGCAUCCAGAAUGCCAAAAUAUCUGCAAAAGAAGGUACUCUUGCUUCAAAUGGCAGCAUUAAACCAUCAAGGCGGUGCAUCGUUUUGGAUAUAGAAGGAACCACUACCCCAAUAACAUUUGUUACUGAUGUUCUGUUCCCUUAUGCACGUGAUAAUGUGGGGAGACAUUUGGAUGCUACAUAUGGCUCCGCAGAAACUCAACAGGAUAUUAAGUUAUUACGUGCUCAAGUGCAACAAGACCUAGACAAUGGUGUUGCUGGUGCUGUGCAUAUCCCGUCUGACGAUGCUGGGAAGAUGGAGGUAAUUGCAGCUUUGGUUGCUAAUGUAGAGGCAAUGAUUAAAGCUGACCGAAAGAUUACUGCAUUGAAAGAGUUACAGGGACAUAUAUGGCAAACUGGGUUUGAGAAUAAUGAGUUAGAGGGACUUGUUUUUGAUGAUGUGCCUCAAGCUCUUGAGAAAUGGGCUUCUUCAGGCUUCAAGGUAUACAUAUACUCAAGUGGCAGCAGAUUGGCACAGAGACUUUUGUUUGGUCACACAAAACACGGAGACCUGAGAAAUUAUCUCUGUGGAUUUUUCGAUACAACAGUGGGCAACAAGAGAGAAACAAAAAGUUACCAAGAAAUUACAGCAUCAUUGGGAGUAGAUAAGCCAUCAGAUAUAUUGUUUGUGACAGAUGUCUAUCAAGAAGCGACAGCUGCAAAGGCAGCAGGUUUGGAAGUGAUAAUCUCUGUCAGACCAGGAAAUGGACCUCUUCCAGAUAAUCACGGGUUCAGGACAAUCCGAUCAUUUUCAGAGAUCUAAAGAUGGAAUGUGUCAUCCUGUAACAUUUUCCAUGUAUGAUGUAACAUAUCCUAAUAAAAGAAAGUUGGGGGUAGGUCCAUGUUUCUCUAGCAAAAAUUAAUAGAGUUGAUUGAGUCAUACUGCUGCUCUUGCCUUUCACAAAUGGGGGGUCCAUUUGCGUGUUGCAACCUUAGGAUUAGUGUCAACUAGUCUCCUCUUUUCUGUUGUAUUGAGAUGAUAUUAAGUUAACUUAUGAGAACAAUUUCCAGAGAUCGAUGUUUUAGAUGGUAUUAAGUUAAUGUAUAGAAAAUUGAAUGAAAA